GCAGAUGUUCCGAGUCCAAAUCUUGAUUAUCAGGUCAUUGACAUGGCGUUUAGUACUUUUGAUGGGUUAUAAUCGUUGACUAUGAGCGGAUCAACGCUGUUGGAGACGCCUUUACCAUGGCGCGCUCCAGCCGAGAGCAUGCAGCGAGCAACACAUCGAGCCAGUGCAGAAGGUGCGGAGCAGAUUUCUCCGACAGAUAAUUCGGCUGCAAGAAUGCUGUCAACUCCAUCGACCUCUGCAUCAACUCCGGCCCCGCGUACAGACAACGACGCCCACGAUAUCAAUCGCUACAUUGCACUCGGAUGCCUUCACUUGGAACUACCAGGCUGGGACAAUAAUACUCCAUCGUCCGAGGCUGAAUGGCUUGAGCUGCUUCAUGCUGACCUCCCGAGUGAACUGAAAUUGGUGAUUGGUAAUGAAGCUGCAAGGCUUCUGAACGCACGCUGGAUCCGACUAUUCCUUCAUCAGCCGAAAUCACAUUCAUGGACUCGCCACAGCAUAGUCCGCGUGUAUCUUCUACCAGAAGAUUGGGCUCGACGUGUCAUCGACCGCAACAGCAAGAGCUUAAAGUCAGCGUUACGACAGCUCCUCCAUCAAGUGGACGUAUCGCCAACUGCCUGGUCUGGCGACUCAUCAGAGGGAGAUAUAUGCUUGUUCGAUCCUUGGGCAAGCGCCCAGAACACUUCACUCUAUUAUCUGUUCAACAAGCUGCCCUCACCUGCACCUACGCCAGAGACGAUCAAGAAUCGCUACACGAGAGCUGCGGUGUAUGAUCUGCUCAGGUCUGCAGAUUUCUCAGAAUGGGAAGAGCAUGGCGAGCAGCCACUCGAAGGUUUGAAGACGAGAUUAUAUCCAUAUCAGGCACGCUCGGCCAGUCUGAUGGUCCAGCGGGAAGCUGCUCCUCAGCUACAGCUAGAUCCCAGGCUAGAGGUUCGAACAUCGCCAAACGGAGAGACGUUCUACUUCGGUGCACGAGAUGGGUCCUUUCUACAGGAACCCCGUUACUAUGAAUCAAACCGAGGCGGAAUCUUGGCCGAGACUAUGGGGUUGGGCAAGACAAUCAUUUGCUUGGCGGUCAUUCUGGCCACCAAAGGUCACUAUCCUCUAAUACCAGCAGCUUACCAACCACCUUCACCGGUUCGGAGCUGUGUCGGUACACUAUCGGACAUGGCAGCUUCCAUCAUAGGGCGGCACUCUAUCCCUGCGAAGGCCUUCUUGGAGCAAUCUGAAGCGAACGGCGACAUUGACCUGACUUCCCUAAAGGGUGCGCUUGAUCGCAAUAUUCCAUUCUACGAAAUCCCACCAGAGAUGUCGCGGAUGAACAGGACUACCAGGAUUGCGCCCCCGCGUCAGCUAGUUAUUUGCUCUGGUACAAUUAUUGUCGUACCUCGUAAUUUGUUGCAUCAAUGGCAGUCAGAGAUAGGGAAGCAUGUGCUGAAAGGAGGACUGAAGAUUCUCGUUGUCGACUCAGUACCUAAGCGUGGCAGUAAAGCAAAAGUGGUCCCGCUUGAGGACGGUACUAUGGUGUUCUCGAGCGAGUUACCAGCACCCACCGAGCUUAUCAAGUUUGAUGUGGUUCUAUUCACCCGUAAUCGCUUCGAGCAAGAGAUCCAAGACGGUGCAGAUGAUCAAGGACGACGAGCAGCCGCCGGCGUGGUUCGCACAUGCAACUGCCCUUAUAUUGGAGCGACUAGGAUCCCAGAUUGUAAUUGCGUCAACAGUUCCAGGAUGUAUGAAUCUCCGCUGAAGAAGCUGCACUGGCUCCGCAUCAUCAUCGAUGAGGGUCAUAGCUUUUCCUCUUCUGUUUCGAACGCGGUACUAGUGGCCAAGCAGAUCCAGGCAGAGAGGCGUUGGGUAGUUUCCGGCACACCGGCAAAGAAUCUAGUGGGUGUCGAGGUUGACAUGUCGACACUGGACGCUGAUCAGAGCGAUCCCACCUCUCUUCGGGAAUUCACUAUUGAGAAGAGGAAGCUUUUUAAUAAUGGAGAUGAGAAUACUAAAGCUGCCAAGGCGUUGGGCUCCCUGGCUUCCAACUUCCUUAUGGUGCGGCCAUGGUGUGAUUCUAGCGUCGAGGGAAAGCUUGACUGGGACGAAUACAGCUAUCGACAUGAGCACCACUAUCGCAAGACGUACUCUGGGUUUUCGUUAUGCUUCCUCCGAACCUUGGAAGGCUUAGUCGUCAAGACACGGCCCGAAGACGUGGACAAGGACAUCAUCUUGCCGCCCAUGCGACAUCGUGUGGUCUUACUAAAGCCGUGCUGGUACGACAAGAUGACGGCAAACAUGUUCAUCCAAGUUCUACGAGCAAACGCAAUUACUAGCGAACGUACCGAUGUCGACUACCUCUUCCACAAGAACAGUAUCAAGGCACGUCAUAGUCUGAUCAGGAAUUUACGACAGUCAAACUUCACGUGGACAGCCUUUCGCGUCGCGGAUGUUCUUGGAACGGUGGAAACUACUAGCAAGUACCUUUCCAAGGACGACAGGAAUUGUUCGGUCGAAGAUGAGGAAUCGCUCUCAGAGAGCAGCCAAGUUGUCUCUAAGUUGACUGCUUCCGAUGGCUGGAUAGCGCUGAGCGAGGUGCACGAAGUGGGCAUGGCUAUUGGAGAUUGGCCAGCAGAAUCUGAGGAGUCUUUCGCUCUUGCAUAUCCUAUGAAACCUACCAUGGUUGGCAUCACACAACUACUAGAAGGACAACUUCAUGUCGACAGCCAUUUAUUGACGCAAGAUCCGACUGAACGCCUUGACCAUGUUGGACGGACAGCCAGAGCGAAAGUCAUUGCUAUGGCGGAAGCAGAAAAUGACAACAAAACUAGAGACCAGACACUCAAUGACUCUCAGCUGACUAAGACUGGAUUACCAUCAUCAUGUGUAGGGAGUCAGCAGCCGUUGGCGAGCCGUCGAGCGUCAGCCAUGACAAGUAAGACCUCUCCACAGAAGUCAGUGAAGACUGAACCCGCUAGCACUUCGCAAGACUCGGUCACGACUGAGUCUCCUGUUCGCGUCAAGAAACGCAAGCUCACCUUGGCCGACGAAAACGCGGGCCUAGCAACAGACUCACCACUUCGUAACACGCGCGUUGUUGGUACUACCUCGGCCAAACUCACAUAUCUCCUCGACAAGGUCGUACAGCACCAGGCUACUGAGAAGAUUAUCAUAUUCUACGAUGGUGACAAUGCAGCGUACUACAUCGCCCAAUGUCUUGAGAUGCUCUAUAUCAAUCACCGUAUUUACGCUCGGACGUUGGACAACACAACGCGAUCAGCAUACGUGGCACUCUUCAACGAAGAUCCAGAUGUGCGCGUCCUUUUGAUCGAUGUCGCCUGCGGUGCCCUAGGGUUAAAUUUGAACGCCGCAAGCGUGGUUCUUAUUGUGAAUCCUAUAAACCGGCCAGGAAUAGAAGCACAAGCCAUCAAACGAGCGCAUAGAAUUGGCCAAACCCGCGAGGUCCUCGUCGAGACCUUGGUCCUUGAGAACACUAUUGAGCAUGCGAUCUUCAACCGCGCAAAGAGGAUGUCACGUACCCAGCAUCUGGAGGCUAAAGAGCUCGAAGAUGAUGAAGGUAUUAUUCACAUCAUUCAGAAUGCGCAAAUUCUGCAUGUAGGGGCCGAAGAGGGCAACGGUUUAUCCAGCUUUGCACUGCUGGAAACACCGCAGCAAGUGUUCGGCCGACCAAAUCGACACAAGUAUCAUCGUUAUGGCCAAUCGGACGUAAAGACGAGUGAGAAACGGAAGCAGGAGCCGAGGACUUUCAAGAGUGAAAAGAAGAUCAAGGCUAAUGAUGACAGUGAUGUCAUUGCUGUGCGCAGGCCGGUGGUAGCGAGCUCAUCGAGGGUUUCUGUGCUUGGACAAACUUGGCCAGCAGAGACGCAGACGAAGAAUGGAGAUUCCGAUGGCAUCACAGCGAGUAUAUUCAACUCUAUAUGAAGUCGAAGGUGUUACUAGUUACCUUAUUCGAUAUCGAGAGGCGACUGUCUGAUCUCUGAAGGGCAAUCAUAAAACCUCCAGCCAUUUAUCCCAGGAGUUCGGUUGGUGGAUAUGGUACCUUGGCGUUAGGCGUUCUGUGUAGAAUCGUCCUUUCAUACCAUAUAUCCCGAUCUGCGUUGCUAUACAUUAAAAAUGAACCAUUACGUCCUGCAGAAAGUCCCUUUCUUUGAAUAGCCCGAUUCAAAAACUAGC